AUGGUAUAUGUAUUACAUGAAAAAUAUGUUUGUCACAUUGUUCAUCAAGCACGUGCUAUACUUAAAACUUUACCAAACUAUAAUCGUAUUGAUUUAUCUACUUUACAUCAUAUAUACAUUAUUGGUGAUCUUCAUGGACAAUUAGCUGAUUUAUUACAUAUAUUUAAUGCAAAUGGUCUACCUGCCAUUGAUAAUCCUUAUAUAUUUAAUGGAGAUUUUGUUGAUCGAGGUCGAAAUUCAGUUGAAGUUAUUCUCUUACUUAUGAUUGCAUUGAUUCUCUAUCCAAGUUCAGUCUUUCUUAAUCGAGGUAACCAUGAAGAUAUAAUGGUUGCAGCUCAAUAUGGUUUUCAAGAUGAAGUUAAUCGAAAAUAUCGGACAUGUAAAACACCAUUACUUGAUCUAUUUAAAGAUAUAUUUAGUUGGUUACCACUGUAUUCAUCUGUUCAUACAGGAAAAUCUAAACUUAUUAUAAUACAUGGAGGAAUAUCUGAUUGUAUUAAUCUAGAAAAAAUCAACUCUCUUCAAAGAAAUCGAUGUAAGAAAAGACAUUGA